GGCGCGCGGAGCCGCCACAAAAGAAGCGGCCGCGGAGCAACGGUCCCUCGGUCCGAGCUCCAGCCCCCAGGCGUUGCUUCCCCUCCCUCUCUCUCUCCCUCUCUCUCUCUCUCUGCGGCUCCACAGCUCCUGCACCCGGCCCAGCUCAGCCCAGCCUGAGCCCCGGUCAGAACCAUGAUGAAAUUUCGAUUCCGCCGGCCGGGCAACGACCCGCAGCGGGAGAAACUCAAACUGGAGCUGUUCGCCUUCAAUAAGACAGUCGAACAUGGAUUUCCAAAUCAGCCUAGUUCUUUGGCGUAUGAUCCAAAACUCCGGCUUAUGGCCAUUGCAACCAAGUCAGGAUCUUUGAAAAUCUAUGGUGUUCCAGGUGUGGAGUUUACAGGGCUACAUAAAGAAACUGGCACAGUGACACAGAUGCACUUUCUACAUGGACAGGGUCGCCUGCUGUCUUUAUUGGAUGAUAAUACCAUUCACCUGUGGGAGAUUAAUCAAAAGAACUGCUAUUGUUUCCUGGAAGAGGUCCGAACUUUCAGACUUCCUGGGCGGCCUGGAUUUGAUGGCGCUAAUGCUCCUCCCAGCAUUACCAGAAUUACUGUGAUCAUGUUGAAGUCUUGCUCCAAAUUGGCAUGUUUAGGGACAGAAGGCGGAGGUGUGUACUUCCUAGAAUUGCCCUCAAUGCAGCUGUUGGAUGACAGAACUCUCCUUCAGGAUGAGGUCCUCCAAGGUGUUCCAGAUGAUUACAGAUGUGGGAAAGCUCUGGGGCCAGUUGAAUCUCUCCAGGAAGAUCCAGCUGAUCCAGACAAGAUACUGAUAGGCUACAGCAGAGGCUUGGUGCUCCUGUGGGUCCAGAGCACUCGACAAGUGGAGAACCUGUUUCUAAGCAACCAGGUACCGAGGGGAAUGGCAGCACUGAGAGUGCCCACAUGUGGGGAGGAGGAAUGGCCUCCAUUCCGCAAGGUUGGCUGUUUUGAUCCCUAUAGUGAUGAUCCAAGGCUGGGGAUUCAAAAGAUUUCAUUGUGCAAAUACAGCAGUCGCUUGGUGGUUGCGGGCACAGCAGGACAGGUUAUUGUUAUGGAAUUUAACGAUGAAAAGUCGGAAAGAAAGAUGAAUCUUUUCACAGUCGACCUCCUUCAGGAUCGAGAAGGUUUCACGUGGAAAGGUCACGACCGGUUAAGCCCGAAAGCCGGUUUAAUGGGGUUUGCCGCUGGUUUCCAGCCGAGCUUCCUGGUUCAAUGUGUUCCUCCAGCGACUGUGACAGCAGUGGCCUUGCACACCGAGUGGCAACUUGUGGCUUUUGGCACAAGUCAUGGUUUUGGCAUCUUUGAUUACCAUAGACAACAGCCAGUGCUGGCCAGGUGCACACUACAUCCAAAUGAUUCUCUGGCAAUGGAGGGCCCACUAUCACGGGUGAAAUCACUGAAGAAAUCAUUGCGGCAGUCUUUCCGACGGAUACGGAAGAGCAGGGUGUCGGGGAAGAAGCGACCAUCGUCGUGCAGCCCUACCAGCAAGGUCCGAGAAGCAAAUGCCAAGCUUGCUGAGCAGGAUGGUCCGUGUGAGGUGGAGGUGACCCCAGUACAGAGACGGAUAGAGCCACGUUCUGCAGAUGACUCUCUGUCGGGUGUUGUUCGCUGCCUUUACUUUGCUGACACGUUUUUGCGAGAUGCCACGCACCAUGGCCCUACGUUGUGGGCAGGAACAAAUGCUGGGUCUGUUUAUGCAUAUGCACUGGAAGUUCCAUCCAGAGAGAAGUGGACAGAGAGGUCCACCGAGGCUGUAUUGGGUAAAGAAAUUCAGCUGAUGCACCGAGCUCCUGUGGUGUCGAUUGCCGUCUUGGACGGCCGAGGGAAUCCACUGCCUGAGCCGCUGGAAGUGUCCCGUGAUCUGGCCAAAGCCCCGGAGAUGCAGGGCAGUCACUCUGUGCUGAUCAUCUCAGAGGAGCAGUUCAAGGUGUUUACACUGCCGAGGGUGAGCGCAAAGACCAAGUUCAAGCUCACUGCACAUGAAGGCUCCAGAGUGAGGAAAUUGGGCUUGAUGAAUUUCCCCAGCAUUACCUCGGAUGACUAUUCGGAGAACUGCCUGGUGUGUUUAACAAACCUGGGGGACAUUCACAUCUUCUCCGUCCCCGGGCUCCGGCCUCAGAUGCGGUACGAUUGCAUAAGGAAAGAGGACAUCAGCGGCAUAGCUUCGUGUGUCUUCACAAGGACGGGCCAGGGCUUUUAUUUGAUAUCUCCAUCUGAGUUUGAGCGAUUCUCCCUUUCCACCAGGAACAUAACUGAGCCACGUUGCGUGGUGGCGUGGGAAAGUGCAAGAGACCCCUUGAGCCCUGGCUCCAAUUUAUGCAAUAACUUGCAGGGAUCACCCAAAGUGAACCGUGCCAAUGGAACACACAAAAUUCAGAACAAAGGGGAAUGCAACUCAUUGGGAGCAACUGACGGGGUGAUGGAGGAUUUCCCACUGGCGUUGUCUCAGACUCCACUUGACUCCCCCAUCAGUAGCACUGACAUCACCCUGGAUGCAAGUGGUGACAUGACGGUGGAGGAUGUGAAAGACUAUUUGCCGGAAUGUUAGUGGAAUGAGGUGGAGUUCCAGAUAUCUCUCAAUGUGACUGGUUAGCCGUGCAGAAAAGGGAAUUUUAUCCACGUUGGGACCCAAACCUUGCAUUGGGAUCACAGACAUCGAUUUCACGGAGGUCACAGUUUGUGCCAAAAGACACGUUUUCUUCUAAGACCUUUAUUUGAAUCUACACACUGCACCAGCAGCUGCCUGCUUCCCUUCACUUACCCAGCCUCUCAACACUACACAGGUAACUUUCAUAUGAAUGAGAGCCACCUCUGAUAUAAAGACCAAUUAUUCGAUCAUGUUUGACAAGAGAAGGAACAACAAAAUUGAAGACAGCUGAGCAUCCGUCUGUACAUUCCCUUGUCCAGGAAUUACAUUAAAUGACGGCAAUCACAUUUUGCUUCCAGACUUUGAAAAGAAAAUGAAUUCCAAGGAAGUUUAUAAUAAAUCUCCUUGCAGCUUCUCUGUUUUGUACGAGGUUUCAAUGAAGUGAACAUAAUAGGAAUCCUUCGGCAGAUUUUCCUGAGCAUUGUUUACCUUCCUGUAAGGGGUUCAAUAAUGAUUACUGAUGCGCCUCAGAAGCAGCCCAGGAUGAACACUGGUCCUCUGCUGGAGAGUUGAUUUAGCCUUCUGUUUGCAACAUAGUCAUGGAUUUUGAAUGGGACAGGUGUCUGAACCAUUCAGUGCAAUCUACACCUUUUUGAGUCAGAUUAACUAUGCUACAUUUUAACCACUUUUUGAAAUGAUGUAAAUUGUGUUCCUUGAUAUACAAUGUAAUUUGCCAAUGCACUUGCACGUUAAAUGGGCUUGAGGGUGUUCCUCACCCCGUAGCAGAAUACAUGCUUUCUACGAUGCUGGUUUUAGAUGGCAGCCAAGCAGUUUUAAGCUGUUUUUUUAAUAAUUCAACUGUACAGUUUUCAAUAGCUAUAUUCCAGCAGUUUUUAUGUUCAGCUUUUGUCUGAAUGUGUCAAAGCUCGGGGCUCAUUUCUUUACCCCAUAUCCUGACACAAGCACACAAUGUGAAAACCAUCUUCCUGGGUUCUCCUAUUUUUCAUCUGUUGAUCGAGACGAUGUGACAACCUUUUCUCAGCCUAGGGCAUAUAAUGUGUUUAUUGCUAGUUUGCUUCACCCAGGUUCUUCUGAUGGAUAAAGAAAUCUAGAAAUGUCCUCAAGGGUUUGAAAGUCUUAAAUCAUGAAUGAUCAGUUCUGCUAUCGUUAAAUGUCAUUCCCCUGGUGAUCAUGUCCAACAGUGCGGUGUGCUUCCACCAGCAUUACUUGGGUGUACAUCUGCCACACCUCGUAUAGAAUGGUACAGCACUGGUGCGAGUCUGUUUUUAACUUUACUGACAGUCGAGCAGAAUGGUACAGUUUAUUUGUAAAUAUGCCUCCUUUAUUGUUGAAGGAUUUUGGGUUUUUUGCAAUUUCUACAGGGCUCUUCACAGGAUUGUUCCCUUUCUGACGUGGGAAGUGGUUGGUACCUGCCUCCUCUGUCUGUGUUUGUCAUUAUUGGACAUUGGUAUUGACACCGCAGACACUGUGAAAUUUCCAGUAUUUUUUUAAAGAUUUUGUGCUGUUUACAAUACCACUUUCUAGUAGAAUGUGCGCUGUUGAACAAAAGCUCAUUACAUUAUCUAAUGGAUUUUGCUUUUAACAGUAAUAAAGCAUUUAGCGUCUCCUGAAUUUAA